ACAUUUAUUGAACAGGCCAGGGCUGGGUCGGUAGUUCCGCUUCCCCUUCGCCAUAGCGGAAUCAUCCAAGGGCCGAAAAGAUAGCAGAAAAGUUGCAUUGUAAAUAGUUUCAGUCACAAUUUUACUGAGGUUAUCUGUACGCGGCCCGUACCGCCCUGGUCCACAUGUUGCGGUGGGAACACUUUUAAGGAAUUUGCCAUCGUUUUCCAAGCCGUCGAGGAUCGUCCGGGGGUUCUAUUCAAGUUCUAUCUGGUGUGGAGUCUCCGGUACCGCUGGGUGCUUCCUUUUUCCUGUUUUGCAUGAGCACACUGGUGCCACAGGCUGAUGUGAGAGCUGCAGUCUCCCUCCCUCACCGUUUACCUCCAUCUCCAUCCUCACCCGGCGUUCCCCUUCCUGCGAGGCUCCCGGCGACCUACUAGCGAUGUGUGAUAACGGAGACCCCGAGGAUAAGCCCCCCGCCCCUCCGGUCAGGAUGAGCAGCACCAUCUUCAGCACCGGCUCUGGCAAAGAUUCGCUCUCGGCCAACCACAGCUCGAAGCCGCUGCCGUCCGUACCGGAGGAGAGGAAGUCUCGCAAUAAGAUCAUCUCAAUCUUCGCUGACAAAGCUGGUAGGAAGAAAGACAGAGAUAAAGAGCGACCAGAGAUCUCGCCACCUUCAGAUUUUGAACACACCAUACAUGUUGGAUUUGAUUCUGUAACAGGGGAGUUUACGGGUAUGCCAGAGCAGUGGGCUCGACUACUCCAAACCUCAAACAUCACCAAGUCAGAGCAGAAGAAAAACCCACAGGCUGUACUCGAUGUCCUUAAGUUCUACGACUCUACAGGCAACGGCCGCCAGAAGUACCUCAGCUUCUCUCCCUCUGAAAAAGACGCAUUCACUCCAGGGCCUCAGUCUCCUGUCAAAAAAGGCACCGAACCCUCAUCUCCGAACAUCAAAGACAUUGAUGAUGACGACGACGAUGAAACUCCUCCUCCUGUUGUGGCUCCAAGACCAGAACACACAAAGAGUGUAUAUACCCGUUCCGUUAUUGACCCCAUCCCCGCUCCAAGCACGUGUCCAGAUGGAGAUGCUGCCUCCAAGGCUGCAGACAAACAGAAUAGGAGGGCCAAGAUGACGGACAGAGAGAUCAUGGACAAACUGAGAACUAUAGUCAGCAUUGGUGAUCCCAAGAAGAAGUACACCAGAUACGAAAAAAUUGGACAGGGAGCAUCAGGAACAGUAUUCACAGCCAUCGAUGUCGCCACAGGACAGGAGGUCGCCAUUAAACAGAUCAACCUACAAAAGCAGCCAAAGAAGGAGCUGAUCAUCAACGAGAUUCUAGUAAUGAAGGAGCUGAAGAACCCCAACAUCGUCAACUUUUUAGACAGUUUCCUGAUGGGGGAGGAGCUGUUUGUGGUGAUGGAGUAUCUGGCCGGUGGCUCAUUGACAGAUGUGGUUACAGAGACCUGUAUGGAUGAAGCCCAGAUAGCUGCUGUCUGUCGGGAGUGUUUACAAGCAUUGGAGUUCCUGCAUGCAAACCAAGUCAUCCACAGAGACAUCAAGAGUGACAAUGUGUUGCUUGGGAUGGAUGGUUCUGUCAAGCUCACCGAUUUUGGCUUCUGUGCCCAGAUCACCCCAGAACAGAGCAAACGCAGCACCAUGGUAGGCACACCCUACUGGAUGGCUCCAGAAGUAGUGACCAGAAAGGCUUAUGGACCCAAAGUUGACAUUUGGUCACUGGGUAUCAUGGCCAUUGAGAUGGUUGAAGGAGAGCCUCCCUACCUGAACGAGAACCCACUACGAGCAUUAUACCUGAUUGCCACAAAUGGCACACCUGAGCUUCAGAAUCCUGAGAAGCUGUCUCCAGUUUUCAGAGAUUUCCUCAACCGAUGCCUGGAAAUGGAUGUGGAGAAAAGAGGUGGAGGCAAAGAGCUCCUCCAGCAUCCGUUCCUGAAGCUGGCGAAGCCCCUCUCCAGUCUCACACCUCUCAUCCUGGCAGCCAAGGAGGCCAUGAAGGGCAAUCGUUAGCUGAUGAAACUAGCUACCUUGCCUUCCCAUGCUGUGCACACAUAUGUGCCAAACAUUUAGAUUUCGUGCCAGACAAUAGGCUGAGAGUGGCUUUCCACUCUUCAUGCACCAGCCUUAUAAGCCCUGACAGACCUCACUGUGAAGAAGACCAAAAAUCUAGAGCACAACCCCACCGCUGUCCACGUGAACUCUAUUCUCACUCAGACGUCAUAAGACAAGUCAAACUGAAGUGUUUAGUUUCAGAGUCAGGCGUAGUUAAUUUUGUACAUCAAAUCUCUUGGUGACAAGUUAGGGCUAGGCUUGUAUUUAACUUGGAAUGAAGAAGAUGCCUAGUUCUGUUUAGUUUUUUUUAAUCAACUGCCUUAAACAAAUGCAAAAUGUUGCCUAAUGUAUUGUUGAUUGUGUCAGUGUCUCUCUUCCCAUGAUUUUUACUACCUUUGUAAUUGACCUUAUGAGCUUGUCAGUGUCUUAGUUAUUUUGAUACUUGAAUUUCAUGUUCCCCCACCCCACCCCUCCUCUCCUAUGAUGUGUCUCAUUCAAUGAACACUCUUGCUAUUUCCACAUCCACUCAUGUGUUAUGGACAUUUCUCGUACCGAUUUUUAUAGGAAACAUUUCAGUGCAUUCGGCACCAUGGGCAUGUGCUGUGAUUCUAUGACUGUCACACCUGACAGACCUACUGUACCAGUUCUUCCUAUCAUCAGUCUCCUGAUACAAGAGGCGCACCUUACAGGCAAAUUAAAAUGUUAGAUUGACAGGGUUUAUACUUCCUUCUCUAUUGUUGUUAUUAAAAAUGAGUAUUGUAUGUUGAACUCUGUCCUUUGUAUUCUUCCAGACUUAACAAAUGCGCUUUUCCCAUGUGUAUAUUGUGUACUUAAUAAUUAGUUUUUAAAAAAGUGACCAUAUCAUACUGGUUAGUUGUUGAAGGCUGGUAAAGACAGUUUGUUAACGUUUUUGCUUUUGUUUGUUUUUUGUUCUCUUCUGGAUGACUAACAACCUUGUCUGUGCACUCAAAUAAAUGCAACUGUUUUUGCUUUUGUGA